AUGACUUCCUGUGUGGUUGUCAUGGGCAACAGGGACGCGAGGAGACGCCACACGGUCAAGCGUGAGGAUUCUGCCACCAAUCGGAGUUGAAAUUCCUUCUGCGGCGAGAUGGCGCCCAAGGCAGCUAAGAAAGGUGCAGCGGCCAAGAAGACCGCCGCCGCACAGGGUCCGGAGGUCCAGACUUGGGAGAGCGGGCUCGCCAACGCACAUUUCGACGAGGAGCACUGGCAAGCGUGCGUUUGCGUGCUGGUGGGUCGAGGUCCGCACGAAGAGGAGCUGAUCCGGGUGCUGGCUCGGGCCGUGCAGCAGCCGCAACGCAAGCUUUUCAGCUCGCUCUCCUGGGAGGACACCGAGGCCAAGAUUCGCGAGUAUGGAAACCCCAAAGCAAAAAAACGCGACGCUUUUCCUCAGUACUACGAGGUGACGGAGCCCGCCAGGGAGCUGCUCGAGGCCCGAGAGGAGAUCUCUGCGGAGCUCAUGGCGCAAAUUGUCAAGUUCAUGCUCCUGCAGAUCAAAGAGAACGACCAGCAGAGGAGAAAAGCAGAGAUCGCUGCAGCGGUUCCUCCUUCCACCAAGGAAAAAGCAGGCCCCAAAGGCAAAGACAAGAAGUCAAAGGAGGAGCCACCCGCCAAACCCAAAACGAAGCUGAAACGCAGGGAUGACGUGGAGCCGCCCGAGUACAUAGACGACGAGCCGACCGACGGCCCUCAGCACUACGUGCUGCUGCUGGGCUUUCACCAGCCGCACCUGGCGGGGACGCUGGAUGCCGCCGGCGUGCACGUCGCCAACGUCGUCGGGCUGAGCGCUGCGCACCUGCCCUGCGACGAGCACCCGGAGCCGCAAGAGGAAAACUCUGAGGCCAACGCGGAUGAAAUUGCUGCCAGAGAGGCCACGGCGGCGCAGGCCAAGACGCUGGACCGCUUCUGGGCGACUCUGAGACAAGUUCUAGACGACGGAGGGCCAAACUCCCGACUCCACAACGUGGCUCAGCUGGAGUACGCCGUCCCCGAUUCGUUGAUGCCCUUUGACCCCCAGGAUCCCGAUGCCGCGAUGGCUGUGGCGACCCAAUUGUUUGACGGCGUGGCAAAUCUCAUCUACGACUGUCUGGACUGGCGCCGGCAGCACCAGCACUACUUGGAUACCGCCAACUUCAUACGCGUGCCCUCUGUGGUCUCCGGGCAGGACUCUCCACAACCUGCAGAGACCGGAGCUACUGUGUCCCCGCGCUCUAAGAAGUCAGGACGCCCGCCACCCCCGAAGAAGGCGCCGUCAUCUCUCACCACUGAUGUGGACAUGAACCACUACAAUGGCCUUAUGGAGCAUGUCCCAGCCGAGGCCUGCUCUGUGCCGCUCAUCUUGCACUGCAUGCUGGAGCAGGUCGUGAUGUCGAGCGAACAGUCCCUUCAAUCGCACGUGCCCGAUGACCCCGGCCCUCAGACUGCUCCCGGUCUGGACCAUCACGUGGUCGCCCAAAUGCUGCACAGCGUCCUGCCUCAGGUCGAAACAGAAGACGAGGGGAGAGACUUGCUGUAUAGUUUGUUGACCACCGUACAGAGAGAAGAAGACAAGGAGAUGCUUAUGGAGCAGUUUGAUGCAGAGGAGACACCGAAGAGGUCAGAGCAACCCGUCAUCAUCAGACACCAUGAUGAAAGGGCACUGCGCUUAAUUGGCAUAACUGAGACUCAAGGUUUGGAUCCAGCCCAGGAGGAGGCUUCCAUGAUGAAGCGGUCGCCUGCGUGGAAGCUCAUCAACUCAGUGGCUCAGCGGCGUUCCAAUAGCUCGUGCUGGAGGGCCAUCAAACAACAGCUCCAGCGCCAAUGCACCGACGACGAGGUGUCGUGGCCGCAGGCGGAGCGCUUCUUUCACCAGAGCGUGUUUGAGAGCAUGCUGCUGACGGGAUUGGAUGAAAACGGCAUUCUGGGAAAAGAUUGCAGACCUUUGGGCAUGGUGCAACAAACAAAAAAACACCCCGUAAACCCCUGGGACAACCCGUUGUCUUUCGCCAAGCUGAAGCUUCGCAACCUGCGCAAGAAAUGUCCAACGUUUCUAAGAGACGCCUCUGCUUCUACGGAGCAAACCAGCGAGCGCCAAGCCGUCCAGCUCGACCUGUCCGACAUUCAGAGCUGUCGACUGAGGUCCCUCUCAGACUGGCGCUACGCUGAACACUUCGAGGCCGCUGUGUUCCCUCAAGUCCUCCGGUCAGCCGCCCAACAGUUUCGCUGUCUGGACACACUCAGAGGGAGUCAUAAUAAUGUCAUGUAUAUUUUCUGCCACAAUCCCAUGAGUUCUGAUCGCUUGUGCAAGGAAUUCUGGGAUGUCGCUCUUCACACGGACGUCAAGUUCAGGACGUAUUUGGAGCACGUAGCAGACACCAUCGCAGACUGGAUUGAAAAAGAGGAGCUGAAGAGACAGCUGUUGGAUGUCAACCGUACAAGUUCUGCGCAUGCUUCAGAAAAUUGGACGGAGGAAGACGAGGAGCCUCGGGGGCCGUUCAUCACCAAAAACUCGCUUAAAGCUUCCAGGCUGGAGGAGGAGAGGCUGAAGGACGAGGAAGCCAAGAAAGGCAAGAAGCCGGCAAAAGGGGCGCCGGGCAAGAAGCAGCAGGCGGAGGACGCGAAGUCGGCGGAGGCCAAGAAAAGCGACAAAUCCGCCGCCACGGGAGGGAAGAGCAAAGCUACGACCGACAGCUCCGCGACCGCUGCCUCCGACCGCUCGCUUUCCAGUAAAGCGGACGACAAAGAGGAGGCCGCCAGUGGCUUCGCUGGCUUCCACAUGGAGGGAAUGUUGGUCCAUCUGUCAGGGUGUCUCCAGUACGUCUUCCCUGCGGCCGGGGGGCACGUUACCGUGGAGACCGUCGGCUACGUCGAAGGUUCCAGCAUGCUGAAAGUGGCCGUGAGGAAGGACGGUCAUCACUUCUACACGCACAUCAGCCAAGUUAGCCACGCCGCCAAAAAUGACGUUAAAGAGAAUCCCGCGAAGACCACCGCAGCGACCGGGCGCUCGUUCUCGGCCUUGCUGGAUAACGGCGUCCGGCUGUCCUACGGUUUCCGAAGACCACCGGAAAAAUGCAAAGUAGAGAGCGUGAACGAAACGGAGAGAGGGCCGCAAGAGUCCACGGGAGCAGAGCUGACAGACACCCCGAAGACCGACGGCGGCCCUGCGGAGGCGCAGGCGUGUGAAGGCCAAUCCCGAGCGUCCCCGGGUCCUUUCAACAGCCUCAACCUGUCUGUCCCGAGUGGCCUACUUGUGCAGUUCAUGCGUGAAGACGAGGAGCAAGACAUGCUGGUGCGACUGAGUUUUCACGUCGCGGGCCGCCAGCACCCCCGUCUGGCCAAAGAGGCGUCCCGCACCGUCACCGGCCAGGGAGCCGUCAUCCGAUACAUGAGGGACGGCUCCAGCGAGGUCAACACGGCGGCACGCUUCGCCGUGGUUGUCCCCGCGCAUUUGAUUUCGUUAUUUAUGUUGGCGUUGCAGGUGCUCUUUGCUGACGGCGCGAUAAGUUCCAGCUCGGAUUCUGGCCCAGUGUGGCUGCAAGAAGUAGAAGAAGACAUCACCGACGAACAAAAUCCCGAGAAGCAGAUCACAUCUCCGCCACGAGGGUUUUGGACAACGACGACGCCCCGCGGUACUCGAAUCGUCACCGUCGGCAGCACACACGAGCGGAGCCCCGGCUGCUCUCUUCUCACCUACAAGACGUCGGACCCGGUCACCCAAGAGACGAUGCUGAGCCGCGAAGAUCUGGUGGUGACGGUGCGGAAGCCGGACGGAUCCGUGAGCGUGGAUCACGCGGACGGCACGAGAAUCACCACGUUCUACCGGGAGAGGCCGCCGAGCGCCGACGACGACGUCGGCAUCGGCGUGACCGGGCGAGACGGGCACGCUCCUGGCGAAGCUGCGACAAAGAACGCCAAAACACACGAGUCCGCGAGCGCGCCCAGCAAAGAGAGGGUCGUGCUGGUGGAAAACGAGGCCUGCGCAACCGUGUUGAUGUACCCCGAACGGCAUCUUGCUGAAAUCUGGUUGGCGGAUGGGACUGUUAUCACCGGGGAUAACGAGGGAGAUUAUCAGGUGGUCCCGUCCAGCGUCGGCCUCCUGCACAUCCAAAGCGACGGAAAGUGCGUUUACUCCAGCGGACGCGUCCGGGGCGGCCUCCCCUCUUACGUCAUGAGUCACACUGACAACGUGGCCUGCGACAUAACGGACGUGGAUGGAAACCGCUUUCAGGUGUCGGACGAUGGCCAGGUGACGGCGCAUAACGUCGGCCCAGCUCCAAGAACGCUGCAGGAGGUAGACGAGGACGAAGAUGAGGACAAAGACACGAUGUCAAAGCCGCGAGAACAUCGUCCCAGGCUUUUCCUGGUGCACGAGGACGGUUCGGGUUCUGAGCUCCUCAGUAGUCAAGCCGUGGUGGAGCUGCUGCGCCGGGCCCACUCGGACCCCACUGCGGUUCUGCUGAAGGACCCGCUGCCGGACACGCGAGGUGACUUCGGCAUCACCGUCCUGAAGCCCAGCAUCGAGAGCGCACGGUCCAGGUGGAUGCACGCCAAGCUGGACCCCGACCUCUUGCCUCAGACCCUCCGGAACCGUAGCGGGCGUGACUCCCCCCGUUUUGAGGCACCAGACAGUCAAAAGGCUGGCAGUCCUUCAUUUGCGACCACGACGGCGCCCGGCCUGCAAAAACGAAGCGUAGCCGGUGUCGCUGUACGCAGCUGCCCCAAAGUCCUGGAAAUCAGGGAACUGUACCAACGCCGGCCCUUAAGCAGAAGGCUCAAAAACGUGGUGGACAUGCGACUGAAGGAAUAUAUCGAGAGUUUGAUGGAGAAGGCGCAGCGGUCCGCGGACGUGAUGCUCAAGGAGCCUCGCGCCGAAGCCGAGCGAGUCCUCGCUGGUGUUCUGCUCAGUCAGUCUCUUACAGAGGAAGCGCAUGAAGCCCGCACCAUUGCGAAAAGGACCCCAGGCGACAUGGGCAGCCUGUACAGCCAAGCCGUGCGAGCGCCGGUCGAGCCGUUGGACGAUUCGGAGGAUCCCGCCACCAUGUCCAGCGUCGGCUGUGCCCGUGUCAAGGAGUCAAAGUGGACAGACACGCUGGAGCAGUACAGAGAGGAGCUGUUUGAGGUGAAGGCGUGCGUCGAUGCUCUGAGGAAGAAGUUCAUCGUGCCGUACUUUCACCCAGAAAACAUCUCAUUACACCAGAGUCUUCUCCUCCCUGGAAGUCCAGACAUGAGGAGGCCCAUCUUGACGAUGUCAGACGACACGGCGGAAGCCUUCGAGAGGGACGACCUGCAAGAAGAGCAGCACGUCAUUGUAGCGCCACCGCCCUCGAACCAGACACCUCAUUCCGCCAGUCACACGGCGGCGAGGAGCAGCAGGGUGCCAGGAACGUCGCCUCCAACCGCAGCAGCUCCGAGCCUUCGGACGGACUCCUCCGGGCCGUUGAGGUCGGGCCGGGCGAACGUAAGCGGGCGGCCCGGGCGGCCGAGCGUCAGACUUCCGCCGUCGAUUGUCAGCUCCAAACCCUUCAGUGUGCCCAAUCGCCACUUCCGCUCUGUGGAGGAGCCAGUGCGGCGCAGGUGUCGCACCAUUUCACUGGCUGACCCAAAUACUAUAACCAGAGGCUUCGAGCUGCGCCCGUCCAGCGUGGACUUCGGUUUGCGGAGGGACGGCACGCACUCUGCCGUCACCGUGGUCAUGAAGAACGUGGGCGUCGACACCUGCAGGUUCCACGUGAAACAGCCUCCGAUCUCUUCAGGCCUUCGUGUCAAGUACCAUCCGGGGCCCGUGCCGGCGGGUCUGCGAGUCCAACUGAAAAUCGAGCUGUUUGCCAUGUGCGAUGCGCACGAGGGCUACACGGAUCCGGCCAAGUACAUCUCCCAGGACAUCGUCAUCCCCACGGAGACCGACAUCAUCUUUCUGCCCGUCACAGCCACCGUGCUUCCUGAGAGCUUGCACGACGUUUGGUUGCGAGACGGCCCCGGCCGGUGCAGCGGGAGACCCUCGGGGGCCCCCGAAGAGUCCCGGAAGCCGGCCAGCUCUCGAGGGCCGGCCUCUGCUGCCGGCGCAUGGCACCAUACACGCACUGCUAGUCUGUAAAGAGCACGUCAAUUCACGCAAAAAGCAGUCUAUGCUGCAUGUAAGGUCUGUUGCAAAUAAAAGUGGUGUGUCUGUUU